AUGGCAGCUGAAGAGCAAGAAUCGAGACUUACUUGUUUAAAAAAUACAAGGGAAUCCUACAAAGCAAAAUUAGCUAAUUUUACGAAGUUCGUGGGGGAUUUUAAUCCUAAUGUCAAGUCAAUCGAGGAGUUACAGAUCCGCAUAGAAAAGAUUGACAAAACCUAUAAUGAUUUUGAUGAGGUUUCGACUGAUUUAGAGAUUUUGGACACAAGUUCUACUAAAAUUAAAAAUCACAGAAAGGAAAGGCAGACAUUUGAGUCUGAAUUUUAUGAUUCUAUGGGUAAAGCCAGAAAAUUCAUUUUGCAGUCAUUACAGCAAACCCAAACGCACCAACCAGCUUCAAAUAUCUCACCUUCACCUCAACAUUUUACUGUCCAAGAUCGCAUUCAUUUACCACCCAUUAAUUUACCUAUUUUUGACGGGUCACGGGAAAAUUGGUCGCAAUUUCAUGACGCUUUUAAGGCCUUAAUACAUGAAGACAAUAAAACGCCCAAUAAUACCAAAUUAAGGUACCUUAAGGGUUGUUUAACGGGCUCAGUAAAAGGAAUUACUGAACACUAUGAAACCACGGACGAUAACUACCUGAUUGCUUGGGAUUUGCUUUCCAGUCAAUUCCAGGAAUUUCAGCAAGGUCCUAGUCAAGUCUCGACCUAUUGCGAAUCGUCACAGAUACCGCCGCAAAUGAUGGCAACAGCGCAUAGUGAUGCUCCCGCGGAAAACUUAAACGGCUUUUCUUUCUCAGGGUCAACGACGGACCGCGGCGAUACGCAAAAUAUCUGUCGUCAAACUUUGCUUUCUACGGCCGUUAUUUUUAUUGGCUCAGUAGGGGAACGCGGAGUGAUUAAAGCUAGAUGCAUUUUAGAUUCGGGUAGUAUGAGCAAUUUUAUUACUACGGCGCUGGCAAAACGGUUAGGUGUCAGUUUAGAAAGACCACAAACAUCUGUGACAGGUGUAAGUGGCUCUGCCAUUAAUAUUCGGGGUCAGUUAGAGCGUUUUUGGCAUAUUGAGGAGUGCCAGACGGCUCCUAAAAUAUUUUCUAAGGAAGAAAAGGAAGUAGAAGAGCAUUUUAUUCAAAAUACUAGGCGCGAUGUUAACGGUCAGUUCAUCGUAAAGUUACCGCUUCGUGAUAAGUUUACAGACCUCGGAGAAUCCUAUGAUAUGGCAUUAAAACGGUUUUAUUCGCUAGAGCGUAGGCUUAACAGAGAGCCAGAGUUGAAAAAACUUUAUUCUGAGUUUAUGUCAGAGUACAUAGAAAUGGGUCACAUGUCAUUAGUCCUUGACUCAGAAAUAAGUACGCCAAAUAUCUGUUAUUAUUUGCCGCAUCACGGGGUACUUAAACAAUCGAGUUUAACCACGAAGUUGCGUACAGUUUUUGACGCCAGUGCGAAAAGCAGUUCAGGCUUAUCCUUGAACGACGUGCUUAAGGUAGGACCCGUAGUACAGGAUGAUUUAUUUUCUGUAUUGACGCGUUUUAGGAAACAUAACUACGUGAUGUCUGCUGACAUAGCAAAAAUGUUUAGGUGCGUGUCGGUUGAUCAAGGUCAAAGAGAUCUGCAGCGCAUUAUUUGGCGGCCUGACUCCUCAGACGUUUUAAAAAUUUAUCGGCUUAAUACCGUUACCUAUGGACAGGCUUGCUCAUCGUUUUUAGCCGUUAGAUGCUUAUACCAAGUGGGGGUUGAAAGCGAGGAAACAUUCCCUUUGGCAGCGCGAGCAAUAAAAAGAGAUUUUUAUUGUGAUGAUUUUUUAUCUGGUAGUGAUACCAUUGAUGGCUGCAUUAGAUUGCGAAGGGAGGUUUCUGACCUUUUAGAGAAAGGUUCAUUUUUAUUGCGUAAAUGGGCAUCUAAUGAGCCAAGCAUCCUGCAUGACGCCGAGACACACGACAUUUUUCAAUAUAUCAUUAAUAAUGAGGAAUUAAAAACUUUGGGCAUUUGGUGGGACACAAAGUUAGAUCUUUUAGGAUUUUCUUUAGACUUUGAAAUACCACAGUUCAUUAAAGUUACAAAACGGGCAAUUUUGAGUAUCAUUAGUAAGUUGUUUGACCCAUUGGGACUAGCAGGCCCAGUUCUCAUCCAAGCAAAGCUUAUUUUGCAGGACUUAUGGAAGUUAGCGCUUUCUUGGGAUGAGGCUGUACCUCUAAACAUUAGAGAAUCAUUUUUAAAUUUCUGUGAAGAAUUAAAGUCAUUAGCUAGGGUUAAAAUUCCUCGACAGGCCAUUUUAAAGAACAAUGUGAAUUUACAAGUUCACGGGUUUUGCGAUAGCAGUGAGAAGUCAUAUGGCGCAUGCGUAAUGCUUCGCUCAGUCGAUUCUUUAGGGAAUUGUAAUGUUUCACUACUGUGUGCAAAGGCUCGCAUUGCUCCAUUAAAGACCCAAACAUUGCCCAGACUUGAGCUCAUGGGAGCUGUAAUUUUGAGUCGUUUAAUGGACAAGUCCGUUAAGGCUUUAGAAAUUGAGUUGUCCGAGUCUAGCAUUUUUUAUUGGACAGACUCAACUAUUGUGUUGUGCUGGUUGCACUCUGACCCAUCUAAUUUAAAGAGUUUUGUAGCGAAUAGAGUGGCAGAGGUGCAACAGCUGACAAACAUUAAUCAAUGGCGACACGUCAGAACGCAUGAUAACCCUGCCGACAUUAUUUCUAGAGGGGCGACGCCAAAUGCUCUUUUAAAAAAUCGGUUGUGGUGGGACGGACCUCAUUGGUUGACUUUAGAGCCUCAUUUGUGGCCUAAAGACCUACAGAUUCAUGAAACUAAGGUCACUGACCUGCCUGAAAAAAGAAAAGAUAAAAAUGUGUCACUUUUGACAGCCUAUUUUGAAGAUUCAGAUAUUUUUGUCAAAUUUUCAUCUUUUCCUAAACUCCAGAGAGUUUUUGCCUACAUUUUGCGUUUUAUUAAAAAUUUAAAAUUCAAAAGGCAAAAUCGACUAGACGAGGUUCAAGUCGGACCACUCACAGUACAAGAAUUUAAAGACGCACUUUUAAAACUAACGUUUAUAGCGCAAAGUCAAAUGUUUGCGCCAGACAUAGAACAUUUACACAAAAACGGGACAGUCAGUAAGAAAAGCAAGAUUUUAAGUCUAAAUCCCUAUCUAGAUAAAUGUGGUUUAUUAAGAGUAGGGGGGCGAAUUAAAAAUUCAGAUCUAAGUCACGAUCAUAAACAUCCCUUGCUUAUUAAAAAUAAACACCCAUUUUCUUUACUUGUCAUUCAGUAUGAGCAUAUACGGAACUUUCACGCCGGUGCUCAAGCGACAUUAUAUGCUGUUAGGCAAAGGUUUUGGUUAGUUAAUGGGAGAAACUCCGUCCGCGCAUUUAUACGAAGUUGCGUAACUUGUUUCAAGGCAAAUCCCACGCCUAAUGUAGUCAAUCAAAUGGCAGAUUUGCCGGAGCGCAGGGUAGUACCUGCCCGCGCGUUUCUUAAAAGCGGCGUAGAUUUUGCUGGACCUUUCCUUAUAAAAAACAUGACUAAAGCUGUGCAUUUUGAAAUAUGCACCGAUCUUUCUAGUGAGACAUUUCUCGCAGCAUUAAAACGAUUUAUAUCGCGAAGAGGUAUUUGCCAAUCUUUGUUAUCGGACAACGGUAGUAAUUUUAUAGGUGCCCGUCGCGAACUGCAUGUUACCGAUUUACAAGUCCUCACGCCUGCUCAUUUCCUGAUUGGAGGUGCAUUAAAGACAAUUCCUGAUAAAGACUUUUGUGAAGUUCCCAUUAAUCGGUUGAGCCACUAUCAAAGAAUUCAGAAGAUGUACCAACAAUUCUGGCGGCGUUGGAAAAACGAAUACUUGUCCAACCUUCAACAAAGGGCUAAAUGGCAAACAGGGAGUGACAAAGCUCUGAAGGUGGGCACAAUGGUCAUCCUCAAGGAGGACAACACACUGCCUAUGCAUUGGCCUCUAGGCAGAAUCACGGAGCUAUUUCCUGGCAAAGACGGAUUUGUUAGGGUUGUCAAUGUUAGAACCAAGACCGGCACUUUGCGAAGGCCAACCUCUAAAAUUUGUGUUCUACCUUUACCCGACGAAGACAACCAUCCGUAA